GAACACAGGGAGCACUCUGAAAAGAAGCACAGAGACAAAGAGAAGGAAAAGGAGAGGUUGAAGCACAGCGACGGGAGUGUCGACAGGCACAGGGAGAAACAGAAGGAGGAGGAGAGGUUGAAGCACAGCGACGGGAGUGUCGACAGGCACAGGGAGAAACAGAAGGAGGAGGAGAGGUUGAAGCACAGCGACGGGAGUGUCGACAGGCACAGGGAGAAACAGAAGGAGGAGGAGAGGUUGAAGCACAGCGACGGGAGUGUCGACAGGCACAGGGAGAAACAGAAGGAGGAGGAGAGGUUGAAGCACAGCGACGGGAGUGUCGACAGGCACAGGGAGAAACAGAAGGAGAAAGACAAAGAGAAGAGAAGAGAGGAAAAGGUUUGUUUUCUUCUUAUAGAGCAGGGGUAUUCAACUCUUAGCCUAUCAGGUCCGGAGCCAGCUGGUUUUCUGCGCUACGUGAUAAUUAAUUGCACCCACCUGGUGUCCCAGGUCUAAAUAAGUCAGUGAUUAGAGGGGAACAAUGAAAAAUGCAGUGGAACUGGCUUCGAGGUCCACAGUUGAGUUUGAGGGGUAUAGAGGGUCUAUCAGAAAAGGUAGAUCUCAGAUGUCACAGUGACUGUACUAGUACACUACAAUUCCCAGCCAGUUUCUCUGACAUUGAUUGCCCCCCUCUGUUUCUCGCAGGUCAAAUCCUCCCAUGUUGAAGGAAAGCCCAAGAAGGAGAAAGAAAACGGUCAUGCAAGGUAAAUGGGAAUAUAGAAUUGACUGUUUUAUUUUCUUUUUAAUUGUAACUACAGGUAGUAGUGUAAACAACUGUGGGUGUAGAAGGCAGAUACUGUACAUUUUAAGAAUAUCUACAGAUUGUACCUUUAACACUGUAAUGUGUCCUACAGGGAGAUGUGGAGCAGCCCCAGCCCCAGCCCUCCUGCCAUUAAGAGUGAACCAGAGGAGGACAACGGCUUGUACCCCUCUCCCAAACACAACAAGACUCUGAAGAGAGAGAGAGAUGAGGAGGAGUGAGUAACCACAACAUUCUUCUUAUUAUGUCUUGGUGCAGUAUGCUCAGAUAUUAAUAGUAUGUACGCUGCAUAUAAAUAGUUAAUUAAUGCCUUUUUUUAAUGAAAGUGAUCAAAUUAAACCUAGACACACUUUUUUUUUUACAUGCUUCAUCUGAUGGAUGUAUUUUGUUCAGAUUUGAAUACAAGCCCAAAAAGAUGAAGACAGAGAAUGGCAAGAAGGCAAAGAAGAGAAAACAGGAAUAUGAAGACGAGGAGGAGGAAGAGGUGAGUUGAGGUUCUCAGCUGAGGUUGGACACUCUCUUUCCUCACCCUUGUUCACACUCGUUUUGUCUCAUUCAGGAAAUAAAACCCAAGAAGAAGGCGAAAGACAAGAAAGCCAAGAAGGAACCAGAGGAGAAGUGGAAAUGGUGAGAUGUUUGGGAGGAUUGGUUGAUUCCUACAGAUACAAUCACUAAAUGGUUGUGGGUACUGUAAAAAACUAAACAACUACUGUCCUUCUACUGUUUAUUUGUUAUUUCUCUCAUACACAUUUUGUCAUCCAUCUUGUUCUGGGUUUUAGGUGGGAGGAGGAGAGAUCUACUGACGGCUCCAAAUGGAAGUUUCUGGAACACAAGGGACCUGUUCUUGCUCCUCCAUACGAACCCCUACCCGGCCAUGUCAGGUUUUUCUACGAUGGUGAGUGAGUCCAUGUAGAUUCACACUUUAUGUUUAGGUGGUUAGAUUAUAUUUCUGAUAUGAUGAUACCACCAAGUCUCUCUGAAAAACAAGUCAUACUGUAUGUGAUCAAUCUUUCUAUGUACUUCUCCAUCUCUCUCCCCCCACCUCUCCCUGCUAGGUAAGCCCCUGAGACUAAGUGCCCCUGCAGAGGAGGUGGCUACGUUCUUUGCUAAGAUGCUGGACCAUGAGUACACAACCAAGGACAUGUUUAGAAAGAACUUCUACAAGGACUGGAGAAAGGUAGGUACAUGGCUGCUCUGUUUCAUCUAGUAGAAUGAUCAGACAGGUGUUAGUUAAGCGAUGCCCCAUGGAUUACUGUGUUAUACUCCAUUGCACCUACCAUUGGCCAAGCAUUUUCACAUUUGAAAUCUGACUUUCUGGUACAGCAGAAGACACUUUCUGAUCUUAAGUUGGUGCUAAAUACUAACAAAACAAAAGAUAUGCUCUUCUCUAGGCUACAUCAUUUAAAUCUAAAUUACUAUAAAAUUACUAGUCUAAAUGGUAUAGAAGUUGAACUAGUUCCUUAUUAUAAAUAUAUUGAUAUAUGGCUAGAUGACAAGUUGUCUUUCAAAACACAUAUAUCAGCUGGUAAGAAAGUUGAAGUUUAAGAUUGGUUUAUUUUACAGAAACAAAGCCUGUUUAUCAUCUGUUAAUAGAAAGGAAAUGGUUCAGGCUACCUUUAUGUCUGUAUUGGAUUAUGGGGAUGUUAUUUCCAUGCGUGCUGCAGCGUCCACACGUAAACCCUUGGAUGCUGUAUAUCAUUGUGCCCUGAGGUUCAUUACUGGAUGUGUUCCUGAUAUCUAGAAGUCGGUUGGGCCUCUUUAAGCACCAGAAGAGAGCAGCAUGUUAUGUUAUUUAUCUAUAAAGCGUUAAUACAAAAACUUCCAAUGUAUCUGACAUCUUUCAUUUCUUAUAAAAUUACUAAUUAUAAAACUAGUUCAAUGAAUUACAUUACACUUCAGAUGCCCCCAGGUUCUACACAGAUUGGAAAAUGCUCCUUCAGUUAUGCUGCACCUUACAUGUGGAACAAUUGACAAACAUUCUUAGAAUGGAUGUUCUAGUGCCUCUUAGACAAUUCAAAAAAUUGAUUUCUGAUCUUUUAAAUGUUAAUUGUGAUUGUUUUUCUUAAUGUGUAUAUGUCUUGUGUAUUUGUGCAUAUGUGUUUUUUCUUUGUAUUGAAAACAGGACUCAACUGCAAAUGAGACCUUGGUCUCAGUUGAUCCCCUGUAUAAAUACAAUUAUAAAAAAGAAUUUUAAAAAUAUACAUAAACCUCCAUUCUGUCCUUUAACCCCAGGAAAUGACAUCGGAGGAGAAGUCAAAGAUCACAGAUAUAAAUAAGUGUAACUUCACAGAGAUGAGCGAGUACUUCAAGGCCCAAUCAGAGGCCCGGAAACAGAUGUCCAAAGACGAGAAACUGGUGAGGCCCUGAACCAACACGCACACACACACACACACACACACACACACACACACACACACACACGCACACACACACACACACACACACAUAUACAACUCACACACCCUCCAACAUUCUCUAAUGUUAUUCCAACGUUUUCCAGAAAAUCAAAGAGGAGAAUGAGCGUAUCCUCCAGGAGUAUGGCUUCUGUGUGAUGGACAACCAUAAGGAGCGAAUUGGAAACUUCCGCAUCGAGCCUCCCGGUCUGUUCAGGGGGCGUGGGGACCACCCAAAGAUGGGCAUGCUGAAACGCCGCAUCCGCCCUGAAGACAUCAUUAUCAACUGCAGCAAGUGAGUCUCCCCAUCUUUAUCAGCAUCAUCACCAUUGUCAUAGUUGGAAAGAGGGUGAUGAAUGAUCAUUGCGAGGGAUUGGUGGUAGAAAGAACGAGGGAUAAAUGAUGAAAAGGAUGGAUAAAGGGAUCACCAAGUUGAUGAUAAGUGUGUAGUCUUGUGUUCCUACCACAAGGGGUCCCUGUACACCACUAUAUAUUUGAGUGGUAAGCUAUUGUUCCUGACAUCACACAAUGUUUUUUCUACAGUGACAGGAGUUCUUAUUGUGUGUGUGUGUUUUUAUGUGAAAGACUCCUCCACCCCUCUGCCCCAUUGUUAUGUUCCACUGUUCUCUCCCUUAUCCCUCCCUCCUCUCCCUACUGUAUUUCUGUCCCUCUCCUCCCUUCUCCCUCCCUCAUCUGAAUGUCUGUCCCUCUCCCCUCUCUCCCCCGUUCUCCCUCCUGCCUCUGUAUGUCCCUCCCACCCUCCCUCCCUCUGUAAUUCUUAUCUCCCUCUCCAUCUCCUCCAUCUCUGCCUUGUUGUGAUUGCUGCAGCUAUUUUUAUCCAAGGGAAAAAGUAUCUUUGCUUGCUGUCCUGCCCUGUUCUGUCCUGGCUCUGUCCUGUCCUGUCCUGGCUCUUCUGGUUUGCGUGCAUGGUUUGUGUUUGUGUGUGUGAUGGUCCUAAACAUGCCAUAUGGUUGUUUACGUGUGUGUCCGUCUGUGUCAAAGGUCAUCUUCCUGUCUGUGUAUCUCCAGGCUCAGUUGUGUGUGUGUGCGUGCGUUCGUGUGUGCAUGUGUGUGUGUGUGCAUGCGCACGCAUGUGUGUGUGUCGCCUCGGACCCAGUCCGGUGGUGGAAACAAUAAAAGGCCAAGCUGACCAUCUACCUGCUCAGCUUGGCUUUGUUUUGUUGUGUUUUUCACCCCGGUCCUGUAAUAGUUGUACACGGGAGAGGAAAUGUCAAAACAGGAUCAGCUUUCCUCACCCAAUGCCUUUAGAACACGAUUGAAGACGUCAGUAUGCCAUCCCAUCCUAUGCAUUAUGAGAGAUCUGAAGGCCUCAAGCCUAAAGGAUUUGGGGUGAACCCACGUGAACUAGGCCUUUCCCUAGACUAGCUAAAAAAAACAUCUCUCUGCCCCUCUUCCCCAAGUUAUGUCUCACUCAGUCUGUUUGAUCCAAGGUAUUGCUUUAUUCUUCUUCUAACCUUCUCUCUGCCCCUCUCCUCUUCUUCUCAGAGAUUCCAAGCACCCCAAGCCGCCCCAGGGCACGCGCUGGAAGGAGGUUCGUCAUGACAACAAGGUCACAUGGCUGGUGUCGUGGACUGAGAACAUCCAGGGUUCUAUCAAGUACAUCAUGCUCAACCCCAGCUCCAGAAUCAAGGUAAUGACAACCUUAAACCUUCUCACUCCUAACCCUAACAAGUACAUUUACUUCUGCUCCAGAAUCAAGGUAACUCUAAGAUCUCACACCUAACCCCUAACCAUGACCCUCUCACCCUAACCUCAACUAAAGGAGGUUACAAAAGGAGUCCCUCACACCCUUAUCCUUACCCUAUCACUCUAAUCUGAUCUAACCUGUCUGUCUGUCUCUGUUCCGUGUCUGCCUGUGUGUAGGGCGAGAAGGACUGGCAGAAGUAUGAGACGGCCCGGAGGCUGAAGAAGUGUGUGGACCGCCUGAGGGCGCAGUACAGAGAGGACUGGAAGUCUAAAGAGAUGAGGAUCAGACAGAGAGCUGUGGCUCUCUACUUCAUAGACAAGGUGAUGGGAAAUACAUGCUACAUCUAUUAUAUGUGUGUGACUGGAUAGGUGAGAGCAAGGUUACUGCCCUUUUUCUUUCACCUCUCCAAGCCUUUUCGAUUGGGGUUGGAUACCUAAAUACUUGAGGAUACUCAAACACAACCUCUGCCCUCCAUCCUGUUUGUCCCAUAGCUGGCCCUGAGGGCAGGGAAUGAGAAGGAGGAGGGGGAGACGGCUGAUACAGUUGGCUGCUGCUCCCUGAGGGUGGAACACAUCAAGCUGUACCCCAAGAUGGACGACCAGGAGUAUGUGGUGGAGUUUGACUUCCUGGGAAAAGACUCCAUCAGAUACUACAACAAGAUGCCUGUGGAGAAGAGGGUGAGGAAGGGGAGGAGUGGAGGGAAAAGGGGGGGGGGGAGUGUGAAAGGAGAGGAGAGGGGGAGUGUUGACGAGGGAAGAGUAAGUGGUGGAGAGGGGGAAGAGUGGAGGAGAAGCGGGACUGGGAUGAAGGGGAGGGCAGAAGAGAUUGAGAAGAGGGGGAGGAGUGGAGGAGAGAGGGGACAGAUGGAGAAGAGAGGAGGGGGAGGACAGAAGAUAUUGAGAAGAGGUGGAGGAGAGGGGACAGAUGGAGAAGAGAGGAGGGGGAGGGCAGAAGAUAUUGAGAAGAGGGGGAGGAGUGGAGGAGAGAGGAGGAAGGAGGGAAGAAGAUAUUGAUUUAAGAAUUGAAGGGAUGUUUAAGAUUUCAUAGUUUCCAUUUGAUGGGAUGGUCUAGUCAGUGUUGUGCGAGCGUUUAACAGAUGUCUGGAACAUGUGUUACUCAUGUUUUAUUGGGUCUACCUUUGUGCACACACCUGUCUGUGUGUGUGUGUGUUUGGACACACACUGCUCGGAGGAUGUUUGUACAGACAGGUGAUCCAGGCCCUAAAGUGCUUUCUGUCAGCUCUGCCUCUGGGGGAGGUCUGUUUCCUGGCAUACACAUUACACACACAUUACACACACACACACACACACACAACCUGCUCAAUGACGGCACCCUCAUCUGGCAAGAAUCAGACAUUACAACUAAGAGAAUAACUAGAUCACCAGCUUGUUCACGGUUAUUUAUCAAAACCUCAAAGUCAAAUGUACUAGAAUACUGGUGUAUUCAAUAAGGAAUAAGACAUGUCAAGACUCCAUCUUAAAUGAACCUGUGUAUUCUUUCUCAGGUGUUUAAGAACCUGCAGCUGUUCCUAGAGAAUAAGCAGCCUGAGGACGACCUCUUCGACAGACUCAAUGUAAGAGAGACAACAUAUGGUCUUAAUACUGGGUGAAUGAAGGAACUGAGAACUAAUAGUAAAUUAUAAACUGGGUGGUUCGAGCCCUGAAUGCAGAUUGGCUGACAGCCGUGGUAAUCAGACCAUAUACCACGGGUAUGACAAAACAUGUAUUUUUACUGCUCUAAUUACGUUGGUAACCAGUUUAUAAUAGCAAUAAGGCACUUCGGGGGUUUGUGAUAUAUGGCCAAUAUACCAUUUACAUUUUAGUCAUUUAGCAGACAGACGCUCUUAUCCAGAGCGACUUACAGUUAGUGAGUGCAUACAUUUUCAUACUGGUCCCCCGUGGGAAAUGAACCCACAACCCUGGCGUUGCAAGCGCCAUGCUCUACCAACUGAGCUACAGGGGACUAUACCAUGGCUAAGGGCUGUAUCCAUGCACUCCGUAUUGCGUCGUGCAUAAGAACAGCCCUUAGCUGUGGUAUAUUGGCCAUAUACCACACCCCCCUUACAUCACUGUCUCAAUUGUGCUCUCUCUCUCUUCCCUAAACUCACCUACCUCUUUCUCUCUCCCCAUCUCCUCUAAACUCACCUACCUCUCCCUCAUCUCCCCUACCUCCCCCAUCUCCCCUAAACUCACCUCCCUCUCUCCCCCAUCUCCUCUAAACUCACCUCCCUCUCCCUCUCUCCCUAUCUCCCCUAAACUCACCUCCCUCUCUCUACCAUCUCCUCUAAACUCACCUACCUCUCCCUCUCUCCCCAUCUCCCCUACCUCUCCCCCAUCUCCCCUAAACUCACCUACCUCUCCCUCUCUCUCCCUCAUCUCCCCUAAAUCACCUCCCUCUCUCCCCCAUCUCCCCUAAACUCACCUCCCUAUCCCUCUCUCCCCCCAUCUCCCCUAAACUCACCUCCCUCUCCCUCUCUCCCCAUCUCCCCUAAACUCACCUCCCUCUCUCCCCAUCUCCCCUAAACUCACCUACCUAUCCCUCUCUCCCCAUCUCCCCUAAACUCACCUCCCUCUCCCUCUCUCCCCAUCUCCCCUAAACUCACCUCCCUCUCCCCCUCUCUCCCUCAUCUCCUCUAAACUCACCUCCUCGGCCCCCUCCACCUAAACUCACCUACCUCGACCGCCCUCAACCACCCCCUCUCCCUCUCCACUCCCCACCACUAAACGAACCCCCCCCCCUAUCCCCUCCCCCUCAGCUCCCCCUCACCUCCCCUCUCCCCCCUCCCCUCAUCUCCCCACUCCCUCCCUCCCCCUCUCCCAAGCAACUCCCCUCCCUUCCCCUCUCCCAAACUCACCUACUCCCUCAUCCCCCCAACUCACCUCCCUAGCUCCCUCAUCCCCUCAACCCCCCUCCCCUCUCUCUCCCUCAUCUCCCCUAAACUCACCUCCCUCUCCCCCUCUCUCCCUCAUCUCCCCUAAACUCACCUCCCUCUCCCUCUCCCCCUGCCUUUAUAUCUUCCUUCUCUUCCUCAUCUUCCUCCUCUUCUCCAGACUUCUAUUCUGAAUAAGCACCUCCAGGAGUUGAUGGAUGGGCUGACAGCCAAAGUGUUCCGUACGUACAAUGCCUCCAUCACCCUGCAGCAGCAGCUCAAAGAGCUCACCAGCCGUGAGUGACAGCACGCACACAGCCAAUCACACACACAGCUCCCAUGAGUGACAGGUCCACUAGCCAAUAGUGGAUGAAGUUGUCUGCUCAAUGUUUGCUUCUACUAACCUGAUGUCGGUGCAAAUGUUAUUGUUGCUGUAUCACUAGCUUUAAUAAAGAUCACAUUGGCAGCAGCAAUCAGUGAGCAAAUAUUUGGUUAAACUUCAUGUUACGGUAGCCUACACAAUUGACCAGAUAUUUCCUUGAAAAGCGCAUGGUAAACACUGUAUCUGUGUCUAUCUCCAGCGGACGAGAGCAUUCCUGCUAAGAUCCUGUCCUACAACAGAGCCAACCGGGCGGUGGCUAUACUGUGCAACCACCAGAGGGCUCCACCCAAGACCUUUGAGAAGUCCAUGCAGAACCUGCAAACCAAGGUAACAAUAGAAUAGAAUAAGUCUCUAUUGUCCACUUGCACUGAAAUGUAUAUUUUUGCUGUAACAGUAUCCACAUAGUAUACACGGUAAUGACCAAUUGUGUGUGUGUGUGUGUGUUUAAUGCUCUCAGAUAGAUGAGAAGCAGAAGCAGCUGUCGACCACCAGGAAACAGCUGAAGGGGGCCAAGACAGAGCACAAGGCUUCACAUGAUGACCGGAGCAAAAAGUGAGUACAGCUCUACUGAAGCUACACCAAACUAGGGCCCCAUGCCAAGUCAACCCCUAGCUAGCCCCUUCCCCUACGUACUUUGUGCUGCAUACAAAUGACAAUAGAUUCACCGUGCCGGCAGAUGAGUGGAUGUUUCUACUCAUUUCUUACCCCAAUCCGAUUUGGUAGAACUAGUGAUCGAUCAAUCAACUAAUCAAUGAAUUGUGUGGUGUCCUCAGGAUGGUGGAGGUGAAGAGGAAGGCGGUCCAGAGGAUAGAGGAACAGCUGAUGAAGUUACAGAUGCAGGCCACAGACAGAGAGGAGAACAAGCAGAUCGCCCUGGGAACCUCCAAACUCAACUACCUGGACCCACGCAUCUCUGUGGCAUGGUAACAAACAGACAGGGGGGGGAAUGAUCACAUCUCUGUGGCAUGGUAACAGACAGACAGGGAGGGGAAUGAUCACAUCUCUGUGGCAUGGUAACAGACAGACAGGGAGGGGAAUGAUCACAUCUCUGUGGCAUGGUAACAGACAGACAGGGAGGGGAAUGAUCACAUCUCUGUGGCAUGGUAACAGACAGACAGGGAGGGGAAUGAUCACAUCUCUGUGGCAUGGUAACAGACAGACAGGGAGGGGAAUGAUCACAUCUCUGUGGCAUGGUAACAGACAGACAGGGAGGGGAAUGAUCACAUCUCUGUGGCAUGGUAACAGACAGGGAGGGAGGGGAAUGAUCACAUCUCUGUGGCAUGGUAACUGACAGACAGGUAGGGGAAUGAUCACAUCUCUGUGGCAUGGUAACAGACAGACAGGGAGGGGAAUGAUCACAUCUCUGUGGCAUGGUAACAGACAGACAGAGAGGGGAAAUAUCACAUCUCUGUGGCAUGGUAACAGACAGACAGGGAGGGGAAUGAUCACAUCUCUGUGGCAUGGUAACAGACAGACAGGGAGGGGAAAUAUCACAUCUCUGUGGCAUGGUAACAGACAGACAGAGAGGGGAAAUAUCACAUCUCUGUGGCAUGGUAACAGACAGACAGGGAGGGGAAAUAUCACAUCUCUGUGGCAUGGUAACAGACAGACAGGGAGGGGAAAUAUCACAUCACUGUGGCAUGGUAACAGACAGACAGGGAGGGCAAAUAUCACAUAUCUGUGGCAUGGUAACAGACAGACAGGGAGGGGAAAUAUCACAUAUCUGUGGCAUGGUAACAGACAGACAGGGAGGGGAAAUAUCACAUCUCUGUGGCAUGGUAACAGACAGACAGGGAGGGGAAUGAUCACAUCUCUGUGGCAUGGUAACAGACAGACAGAGAGGGGAAAUAUCACAUUUCUGUGGCAUGGUAACAGACAGACAGGGAGGGGAAAUAUCACAUCUCUGUGGCAUGGUAACAGACAGACAGGGAGGGGAAUGAUCACAUAUCUGUGGCAUGGUGACAGACAGACAGGGAGGGGAAUGAUCACAUCUCUGUGGCAUGGUAACAGACAGACAGGGAGGGGAAUGAUCACAUCUCUGUGGCAUGGUAACAGACAGACAGGGAGGGGAAUGAUCACAUCUCUGUGGCAUGGUAACUGACAGACAGGUAGGGGAAUGAUCACAUCUCUGUGGCAUGGUAACAGACAGACAGGGAGGGGAAUGAUCACAUCUCUGUGGCAUGGUAACAGACAGACAGAGAGGGGAAAUAUCACAUCUCUGUGGCAUGGUAACAGACAGACAGGGAGGGGAAUGAUCACAUCUCUGUGGCAUGGUAACAGACAGACAGGGAGGGGAAUGAUCACAUCUCUGUGGCAUGGUAUCAGACAGACAGAGAGGGGAAAUAUCACAUCUCUGUGGCAUGGUAACAGACAGACAGGGAGGGGAAAUAUCACAUCUCUGUGGCAUGGUAACAGACAGACAGGGAGGGGAAAUAUCACAUCUCUGUGGCAUGGUAACAGACAGACAGGGAGGGGAAAUAACAGACAGAGAUGGGGAAAUAUCACAUCUCUGUGGCAUGGUAACAGACAGACAGGGAGGGGAAUGAUCACAUCUCUGUGGCAUGGUAACAGACAGACAGAGAGGGGAAAUAUCACAUUUCUGUGGCAUGGUAACAGACAGACAGGGAUGGGAAAUAUCACAUCUCUGUGGCAUGGUAACAGACAGACAGAGAGGGGAAAUAUCACAUCUCUGUGUCAUGGUAACAUACAGACAGAGAGGGGAAAUAUCACAUCUCUGUGGCAUGGUAACAGACAGACAGGGAGGGGAAUGAUCACAUCUCUGUGGCAUGGUAACAGACAGACAGGGAGGGGAAAUAUCACAUCUCUGUGGCAUGGUAACAGACAGACAGGGAGGGGAAUGAUCACAUCUCUGUGGCAUGGUAACAGACAGACAGGGAGGGGAAUGAUCACAUUACAUAAAGUGGAUUACAUUUUACUUCACAAGUUGCACAGAUACCAUGUAGUUAAUUUCUCUUGUAAUUACACGAUAAGUAAGUAACUAAUGUCUGUGCCAGGUACAACUGAGGAAUAUAUUUGUUAUUAAAGUAGUUACAUAGUAAUGUAAGCCUGACAUAAGGGUAACUACAUGUAAUGUUUUCAUAGGUGGGGGUGGAUGUGUGUCUUGGGUGGGUGGGUGGGGGUAGUGGUGGGGUCACUAGUGCUCGCCAAUGGUGACAGAAGGCAGGAAAUGCUUGUGCAUUGUGGGAAAGCAGCAGCGACGGCAGCAGCAGCUGAAAAAAGCAGAGUGAAGAAGAGAAAGAAAGGGUGAGAAGGAAAAGUGUGUGAGCAUGAAGAACAAUAGGGUUUGUUUGUAGGGCCAGAGAGCGUCCCCUCACUCCACGUGUAGAGGCAAUGUGACGGGCCACCUGGGACAAAUAGCCAGUCGUGUGAAAAGUACUCAAUCGUCAUACUUGAGUAAAAGUAAAGAUAUCUUAAUAGAAAAUGACUCAAGUAAAUGUGAAUGUCACCUAGUAAAAUAAUAGUUGAGUAAAAGUCUAAAAGUAUCAGGUUUUAAAUGUACUUAAGUACAGUGGUGGAAAAAGUACUCAACAUGUUUGUUUUUUACGGAGAGACAGGGGAACACUCCAACACUCAGACAUCAUUUACAAACGCAGUAGGGAUGAUUGAUAGGUGUGUGAAUUGGACCAUAAUUCUGUCCUGCCUGAGCAUUUGAAAGGUAACGAGUACUUUUUGGUGUCAGGGAAAAUGUAUGGAGUAAAAAGUAAAUAUUUUCUUUAGAAAUGUUGUUUCUUUAUGAAUGAGUAAAAGUAAAAGUUGACAAAUAUAUAAAUAGUAAAAUAAAGUACAGAUUCCCCAAAAAACUACUUAAGUAGUACUUUAAAGUAUUUUACACCACUCCAAAUAGCUUACUGCUUCUGGAUGAAGGAAUAGGCCAAGGAUAGGCCAAGGAAGAGGGCCCUCCACCAACACAACCUUUAUCCACCAACACAACCUUUUAUGAUCAAUUGAAUUUUCAUUUUCAAUGAUGAAAGGACAAAACAUUAAUCAAAAAGACAACUGUCUUUGUACUGUCUUUGUACUGUCUUUGUACUGUCUUUGUACUGUCUUUGUCAGAGAUUGAGAGUGUGAGUACAUAGACCCACCAUUUUAGGGCACCAAAGGUAUUGGGACAAAUUCACUUACAGUGAGGGAAAAAAGUAUUUGAUCCCCUGCUGAUUUUGUACAUUUGCCCACUGACAAAGAAAUGAUCAGUCUAUAAUUUUAAUGGUAGGUUUAUUUGAACAGUGAGAGACAGAAUAACAACAAAAAAAUCCAGAAAAACGCAUGUCAAAAUGUUAUAAAUUGAUUUGCAUUUUAAUGAGGGAAAUAAGUAUUUGACCCCCUCUCAAUCAGAAAGAUUUCUGGCUCCCAGGUGUCUUUUAUACAGGUAACGAGCUGAGAUUAGGAGCACACUCUUAAAGGGAGUGCUCCUAAUCUCAGCUUGUUACCUAUAUAAAAGACACCUGUCCACAGAAGCAAUCAAUCAAUCAGAUUCCAAACUCUCCACCAUGGCCAAGACCAAAGAGCUCUCCAAUGAUGUCAGGGACAAGAUUGUAGACCUACACAAGGCUGGAAUGGGCUACAAGACCAUCGCCAAGCAGCUUGGUGAGAAGGUGACAACAGUUGGUGCGAUUAUUCGCAAUUGGAAAAAACACAAAAGCACUGUCAAUCUCCCUCGGCCUGGGGCUCCAUGCAAGAUCUCACCUCGUGGAGUUGCAAUGAUCAUGAGAACGGUGAGGAAUCAGCCCAGAACUACACAGGAGGAUCUUGUCAAUGAUCUCAAGGCAGCUGGGACCAUAGUCACCAAGAAAAAAAUUGGUAACACACUACGCCGUGAAGGACUGAAAUCCUGCAGCGCCCGCAAGGUCCCCCUGCUCAAGAAAGCACAUAUACAGGCCCGUCUGAAGUUUGCCAAUGAACAUCUGAAUGAUUCAGAGGAGAACUGGGUGAAAGUGUUGUGGUCAGAUGAGACCAAAAUCGAGCUCUUUGGCAUCAACUCAACUCGCCGUGUUUGGAGGAGGAGGAAUGCUGCCUAUGACCCCAAGAACACCAUCCCCGCUGUCAAAAUGGAAGUGGAAACAUUAUGCUUUGGGGGUGUUUUUCUGCUAAGGGGACAGGACAACUUCACCGCAUCAAAGGGACAAUGGACGGGGCCUUGUACCGUCAAAUCUUGGGUGAGAACCCCCUUCCCUCAGCCAGGGCAUUGAAAAUGGGUCAUGGAUGAUUCCAGCAUGACAAUGAACCAAAACACACGGCCAUGGCAACAAAGGAGUGGCUCAAGAAGAAGCACAUUAAGGUCCUGGAGUGGCCUAGCCAGUCUCCAGACCUUAAUCCCAUAGAAAGUCUGUGGAGGGAGCUGAAGGUUCAAGUUGCCAAACGUCAGCCCCGAAAUCUUAAUGACUUGGAGAAGAUCUGCAAAGAGGAGUGGAACAAAAUCCCUCCUGAGAUGUGUGCAAACCUGGUGGCCAACUACAAGAAACGUCUGACCUCUGUGAUUGCCAACAAGGGUUUUGCCACCAAGUACUAAGUCAUGUUUUGCAGAGGGGUCAAAUACUUAUUUCCCUCAUUAAAAUGCAAAUCAAUUUAUAACAUUUUUGACAUGGAUUUUUCUGGAUUUUUUUGUUGUUAUUCUGUCUCUCACUGUUCAAAUAAACCUACCAUUAAAAUUAUAGACUGAUCAUGUCUUUGUCAGUGGGCAAACGUACAAAAUCAGCAGGGGAUCAAAUACUUUUUUCCCUCACUGUAUAUGUGUAUUAAAGUAGUCAAAUGUUAAGUAUUUGGUCCCAUAUUCAUAGCACACAAUGACUACAUCAAGAUUGUGACUCUACACAUUUGUUGGAUACAUUUGCUGUUUGUUUUGGUUGUGUUUCAGAUUAUUUUGUGCCCAAUAAAAAUGAAUGGUAAAUAAUGUAUUGUGUCAUUUUGGAUGCACUUCUAUUGUACAUAAGAAUAGAUUAAUGUGGAUGCUACCAUGAUUACGGGUUAAUCCUGAAUUAAUUGUGAAUAAUGAUGAGUGAGAACGUUACAGACGCACAAAUAUCAUAACCUCCCCUGUUAUUAACAUGUCUUGGGGGUAUGAUAUUUAUGCGUCUGUAACUUUCUCACUCAUCAUUAUUUACGAUUAAUUCAGGACUAUCCAUAAUCAUGGUAGGAUCCACAUUAAGUGUUUAGAAACAUAUUCUAUUCUUAUUUACAAUAAAAGUGACUCCAAAAUGACACAAUACAUUAUUUACCAUUCAUUUCUGUUAGGCACAAAAUAAUCUGAAACACAACCAAAACAAACAGCAAAUGCAUCCAACAAAUUUGUAGAGUCACAAGCUUGAUGUAGUCAUUGCGUGCUAGGAUUAUGGGACCAAAAACUUAACGUUUGACUACUUACUGUAAAUACACAUAUAAGUGAAUUUGUUCCAAUACUUUUGAUCCCCUAAACUGGGGGAACUAUGGACAGAAAGUGCUGUAAUUUCUAAUCGGUUCACUCGAUAUGGAUGACAAUACCCUCAAAUUAAAGAUGACAGUCUGCACUUUAACCUCUGUAAUUUCUAAUAGGUUCACUCGAUAUGGAUGACAAUACCCUCAAAUUAAAGCUGACAGUCUGCACUUUAACCUCUGUAAUUUCUAAUCGGUUCACUUGAUAUGGAUGACAAUACCCUCAAAUUAAAGCUGACAGUCUGCACUUUAACCUCAUAGUCAUUGUAUCAUUUCAAAUCCAAAGUGCUGGGGUACAGAGCCAAAACAACAACAAAUGUGUCACUGUCCCAAUACUUUUGUUUGCUUUCCCUCCUCUGCUUUUAGUGCUCUCUCCUAAUGCCCUGCUCUCCUCCACUCUCCUUCUCUCCUCCUCUCUUCCUCUCCUCCUCUCCUCCUCUCUCCUCCUCUACAGGGUUAAGAAAUGGGACGUUCCCAUAGAGAAGAUCUACAAUAAAACCCAGAGGGAGAAAUUUGCCUGGGCCAUCGACAUGGCCGAAGAAGACUAUGAGUUU